AAUAAACAUAUGAGAUUGGUAUUAUUUUCUAUAUACAUUCAUUUGAUUUGAAAUUCUAUUUUUACCUGAACGCGAAGAAAAUUUCUCGCAAAAAGAUAGAUAACUACGAUACUUUUUUGGAUGCCAGAAAAGCCCAAAGCUCAUCAAACUGAAAAUAACAAGAAGGAAGGAUCUCUAGCUACGAAGAUUUAUCGAAAAAUUUGCAGAAGCAUUUCUCAUUCGAAUGCUAAUGACCUUUCGUUAACUAAUAUGAACCUAUCUUCUAAGGAAAUCGAUCCGAAUCUUGAUGAUUUGAAUAAUGACAAUGCGAUCGAUGGUCACAAGAAUUCUCAAGACCGGUUAUUAGAGGGUAAUGAGAGACAAGAAAGACUAAAAGAUAAGGGGAAUAAAGGAAAUUCUGGAAAUGGGAAGGAAAAAAAGAAUGAAGCCGAAAUAAAGUAUUCCGGAGAACAACCCAUAUAUUUUAAGAAUUAUCAACACGGCGAUGGAGUUUAUUUAAAUACCGAAAAUAAACCCAUAGAUGGAACAACACCACCCAUCAAAGUAAUCAGCAGUCCCUCGUCUUCCAAAACUGCUUUUUCCCACAAUUCCGGUAAAACUAGCGGACCACGUUCUGGUAAAAAAAUUAGCAAAAAUGGCGAAAGUGACGAGAAAAAAAAGAGAGGCGGGAGUUUUGAUAAUACGGGAGAAGGUACUUUGUUGUUAGUUAAAAAUUCCAAGAGGAAGAUUAGUCACCACGAUUUUAACGAUGGUAGUGUGAGAGAUGCAAACAUCAAAAAUGAAAAUGACAAUAGGAAAGAAAAUAUAAAAAAUGGUGAUGUUCGGAAGGAUAAUGGAGACGAGGAGCUUAUUUCAAAAGUAAAGUCGGAAGUUAAUAAUAAUAAUAGUAAUAUUAAUCAAGAAAAGAUUAAAAAAUCUUCAAGCGCCAAAGGUGACAUUUCUGGCAAUAAUGGAGCUGGUGAAGAUGGUAAAAUUGGAGACUCAUCAUUACCCGGACUAUUGAAUUCUUCGGCUAUUGCUAGAGAAAAUAACUUAAACACAAAAGAUUUGGACAAGUUACCUUUCUCAGAACGAAUAAAAUAUCAAUCUCCUGAAAGCUUAGAUUAUCCCGUUAAUUCGACAUCCAAGGAUCCUUACAGGAAUGCUUUAACAUGGAUAAAGGGAGAAAAAGAAACAAAAGAGAACAGCAACAAUAAAGAACAAUCUUUGGUUAGAUCCCCCGAAGCUUUGGAUUUAAACCAGCAUCCUAAUUUUGUGGAAACAAAAUAUUUAUCUCCCGAUGGCUUAGAUCGUCCUCUCGAUUCCGGACUCAACGAUGCUCCUGGGCCAUGGUUAGAAGGGAAAGAAAACCCCCACAGUUUAGUUAUACCGGUAGAUUCCGAUUUCAAAAAUGACUCCCGCGGGAAUUCAGAUAAAUGGUUAAAAGGGAAAGAUAAACCUGAAGACUUGGAUCGCCCGAUUGACUCCGAUUUCAAAGAUGGAACUCAAAAAUAUUCGGAAAUAUGGUUCAAGGGCAAUGCAGAAUCGUCCGAGCAAACUGAUCAUAUUCUAAACGGACUCGUUGACGAUACGCUAACCGAAAAAGAUGAUAAUAGCUCGAUGAUGAUUUCCUCAGACACCGACAAAAAUGGAGAAACCCUUAAGAAUUCGAAAGUAGAAAAAUCUCCCUACUUGAACCAUUCAUCGUUUCCGCCAAAAGUUUAUGAUAAAAAAGCGGCCGAAUCCCACAAUAGUCAAAAAGCUUUACUAUUAACCGAUUCUACACAGUUAAUGACUGCUGGUACUAUAGGGAGCAUGGGCCUAAUUACGUUCGUAAAACCUAAGAGUGUGACAGUUGAUAACAGACCUCAUCUCGAGGAGAUAAAACAUUCUUGUUGCGAUUUGGCUAAGAUUCGCUGGUCUGAAAUAACCCGGUUACAGGAAGUUGUGAAUGAAUUUCAAUCAGGAAACACUUCCGUGAAAAAUAUUGAGAAUAAUGGAAAAAUUGAAACAUCAAACAUUAUAUCCAAUAUAAAUUGCAAAGAAUCGAAUAUUCUUUCUAAAAAUAUACUAUUUGCAGAGGCUAAUAUCGCUACAAAUUCUGAUGAGUCUAAGAAAUCGUUUCUUAAUCUUAGUGACACCGAGAAAAGUUCUUUAGACAUAAAAGAGGACAAUACAACAAAAAUUAUCAAUACAGUAGAAAAAGAUGAAAAGAGUCAGGAUGGACGUAAAUCACCUAAAGAUGAUGCCAACACUAAAUCAACAGACGGGGAAGUUAAUUCGACAAUUGAUGAUAAAGUGUCUCAAAAUUCUAUUCUAGAAAAUACAGAAAAGAUAAACGCUAAAGUGCAAAUUGCUAACGAUUACUCAGCCAAACGAAAUAUCGAAGAAGAUAAUAAUACAAUUAACAAAGAAGACAUAAAAGAGGACAAUACUACAAAAAUUAUCAAUACAGAAGAAAAGGAUGAAGAGAGUCAGGGGGAACGUGAAUCACUUAAAAAUGAUGGCCACACUAAAACUACAGAUGGGGAAGUUAAAUCACUAGAUGAUAAUGUUCAAAAUCUUAUUCAAGAAAAUAUAAAAAAGGUAAACGCUAAAGAGCAAGUUGCUAACGAAAACUCUGCCAAACAAAAUACCGAUGAAGAUAAUAAUACAAUUAACAAAGAAGGUGAGGUAAAAUUGUUGCAUCAUAGGAUCGAUUUCUCGAGUGGAAACGAAAGCAAAUUGAUAGCUGGUUCUUUAUUGGCUGGAGCCGCUGUUGGCGGUAUGUAUCUUUUACACAAACCUAAGUCAAAUGGGGAUAUAGGAGGAUCCGACAAGUAUGACAAUGAAGUGGAUACAAAUCAAAUAGAUGAAAAUAUUGAGAGAAAAACGGGCAAGAAGAGUGCUCUCCCUACCAAGGGUACUAAAGAACAAAUUCAAUCAAAUAACCUCGUGAAUAAUAGUAAUGAUGAUAAUCUGAUUAAAACAACGAAUGAUGUUGAUGGAAAAGGCGGAAAUGACGUAAGAACUAAUAAUAUUAGUAAAUCAAAUGAGGAAGUCGAGCCAUUAAUAAUACCGAGUCACAUUCAGAGGAAAGUUUCAACGGGAUUGGCAAAACUUGAUCAAUUAUCCAUUGUUGAAAAGCGCAAUAACAUAGUUAACGGCGAUCAAAGUAAUCAAAAUGGUUUAAGGAAGAAAAAUUCUACCGGAUCUAAUCCAAGCCAUAAAUUCCAUUCUCAGAAUGAAAAAAAGAUUGAUUAUGCAAUAAAUCGCAGGAAAUCUGAUAUUCCGGCGUCACCUAUGAAAAAAUGGGCCUCAUCGCUAGCCGUUGAUUCAGCAAAUGAUUACAACAUCAAAAGACCGUCUUUUAAUGCUAAACCUCUCCGUACCAUACCUUCAUUCCUGAGUGACAAGAGUAAGAAAAGGCAGAUAACGAUCCCUAAUUCAAUGAAGCAUGCUUCAUCGCACACCCUAUUGCCGAGUCUCCCCAUUAUGUCGACGCAGAUCGGCGCUUACAAAUAUGGAAGACAUAUGCCAGAAUGGAAUCCAGCGGAUAGAUCCUUUAAAAAGAGGAUAAAAGGCAGACCAGUUAUAUUUUACGCUCCGACCAAAUAUUCGUUCGAAACCUCCAGUAACACGAACUCCAUUUCGUCGAGCCUUAUAGCUUUUAAACCGAGAGCUGAUUUAUCGAUAGAUUGGGUGUAUGGAUAUCAAGGAAAGAAGGGGAGAAAUAACGUUCAUUUAUUGAAAUCUCAAAAUGAGUGGGUGUAUCAUACAGCCUCCAUGGCUAUUAUACUAAAUUUGGGGAAUGGCGAAAGGAAACAGAGGAUAUAUUCGGGACACAGGGAAGAAAUCAAAUGUAUUGCUGUACAUCCCGAACGCAUCAUAGUAGCCAGCGGGCAAACCGCCGGGUUAAAGGAAAAAACAAGCGUUCAGGUACCUUCUAUAUCGAACAGGAUAUCUCUCAAGACUAGUAAAUAUAAUCAUCCUGCCGACGCGACGGAUACCUUUGACGAUGAAUACUAUUAUUUCAAGCCUCACGCAAGGAUAUGGGAUUCGUCGACGUUACAAACUUUGGCCGUCAUUUUUGACAAAAGUUUUGAGAAAGCCAUUACUUGCAUUUGCUUUUCACAAACGGAUGGCGGUAAAUUACUCGCAGUGAUAGAUGAUUCUAGUGAUCAUAUCCUCUCAAUAUGGGAUUGGGAAAGAAGUACUAAAUUAAUAGAGACUAAAACCGGUCCAGAUCAAAUAUUAUCACUCAAAUUUUCUCCAUUCAAACCCGGUUUUAUUGUCAUUUGCGGCAAAUCUAAUUUAACACUUUGGAAAAUUAUUAAAGACGAUUCCAAAUCAGGUGAAAAGAGAGAUCAUUUAUCCACCCUAAGCAAUUCGUUAAGCUUGGUUAGAAAAAAUGCUACUUUUGAUAAAAAUGAUAAACCAAAAUUUGUGAUUUGCUUAGCAUUUUUACACGAUGGAAAUCUACUCACCGGUGAUUCAAAUGGUUCUUUAAUGCUUUGGUCCAAAGAUGACAUGUCUCUGAUAAACAUUUUGCCAAACAUUCACCCUGGCGGUCUAUUUUCCAUUAUGGUCUAUCAAUGCUACAACGGUAAAAAAAUAGGAAGUGAUAUUAUAGCAACGGGUGGGAAAGAUAGAAUCAUUAAAACCUGGGCUCCUCAUUCAUUCGAAUUAUUAACUCAAACAACCCAGCUGGACGAAAAUUUGGGUGCCAUAAGAGUGAUAUGCCCUGGACUCAACUUUCAAAAUGAUGAUAAGAAUACCAUAGGGGAAAAGGAGUUAUCAAAAAAUGAAGUGAAAGCUACCAAUAAUGAUAUCUCAGACAAAAAACUCCUAAGCAAUUCUGUUAGUCUCAACGGGCUAGACAGUGGUAAUUGUAUUUUGAUAGGCACUACCAAAAAUUGCUUAUUGCACGGAAAUUUUAAAGAUGGAUUCAGUGUUUUAAUUCAGGGUCACGUUGAUAUAAUAACCGGUUUAACUUACCACCCAUCUAAGGAUGAAAUGCUAACCACCGACCUGAACGGGCAGAUUAAGUUAUGGGACUGUAGAAGGCGUAGAUGCAUUUUUUACCGAGAAAUAACUGAAUCCGCCACUUGCGCUUGUUUUAGUCCUACGAGUGAAAAUUUGGUGGCUAUUGGUACUAAUACAGGAUCCUGGAUUGUGUUAAAUUUGGAAGAUAAGCAAAUCAUAGGCCAGUAUGGCAAUGAUACUGAUGUCAUAUAUUGUCUUUCAUAUUCUCCAAGUGGAGAUUAUAUAGCCGUAGGUUCGCAAGACACCAAAAUAUACGUGUACAUCAUUACAGACAAGGGUUACAAAUAUGAAAAUUAUUGUCAGUUUAAAGGCCAUUCUUCCAGAAUUACACACUUAGAUUGGUCAGUACCAUAUGAAGGUUCAUAUUACCUUAGGAGUAAUUCUUCCGACUGUGAAUUGCUAUUUUGGGAUGUAAACACGAAACAACAAAUGUUCAUUCACGGCGCACAAAAAUCGAACCAAUAUGGUAAUAAUAACUCAGAAUUCAUAAGGGAUAUUCGUUGGGCUACCCAAAAUUGUGUGAUAACUUUCGAAGUUAUAGGAAUAUGGGGAAAAGACCUAAGUGGCAACGAUAUAAAUUGUAGUACAAAAUCUAACAAUAACUUGAAUGAAAUUGGUCGACAAAAGCUAUUAGGUAUAGGUGACGAUUCUUGCAAAGUGCGUUUAUAUGCGUUUCCUACUAAUCCUAUUCCAGAGAUAAACAAACCCAUGAUCUAUUCUGGACACACGAGUCAUGUUACUAAUAUAACCUUUUCUCGUUCGGACGAUUUUUUAAUAUCGACUGGUGGCAAAGAUACCACUAUUAUACAAUGGAAGUAUAGUCAAUGGUGCGUAGUUUUAUUAUCCCUCUCUUAUGCUAAAUUUACAUGCUUAUUGUUUCACAAAAAAUUCUCUAUUAUUUACAAAAUAGUAAAACUUAAAAUAAUUUUUUUUUACAUCUAUAUAAGAAUCUACAUUUUUAAAGCAAAUUAUAAAAUUCUACCAAAAAUUAUUAUAAACUAAAGUUAUAAUGUUGUG